AUGCCCGGCGCCUUUGAUGUCCUGGAGAUGAAGAAGGAGGAUGUCCUCAAAUUUCUUGCUGCAGGAGCCCACUUAGGUAGCACCAACUAUGACUUUCAGAUGGAGCAAUACAUCUACAAAAGGAAGAGUGAUGGUGUCUACAACACACAUCUGAAGAGGACCUGGGAGAAGCUGUUACUUGCAGCUCGGGCUAUUGUUGCCGUUGAGAGCCCUGCUGACGUCAGCGUCAUCUCCUCCAGGAACAGUGGCCAGGGAGCUGUGCUGAAGUUUGCUGCUGCCACUCACUGGAGCCACUCCCAUUGCUGGCCACUUCACACCUGGGACUUCACCAACCAGAUCCAAGCAGCCUUCAGAGAGCCAUGGCUUAUAGGGGUGCCUGACCCUGGGGCUAACCACCAGCCCCUCACAGAGGCAUCUUACGUCAACCUGCCCACCAUCGCUCUGUGCAAUGCGGAAUCUCCUCUGUGCUGUGUGGACAUUGCCAUCCCAUGGCAACAAGGGAGCUCAUCAGUGGGUCUGAGAGACCCAGAAGAGAUUGAGCAGGCUGUUGCUGAGAAGGCCGUGACCAAGGAGGAAUUCCAGGGCGACUGGGCUGCGCCAGCUCCUGAGUUCACUGCUGCUCAGCCAGAGGUCUGA